UGCCACCUGUCAGUGUCCAUCAGUGCCUUAUGUCAGUGCUCAUCAGUGCCCCGUGCCAGUGCCCAUCAGUGCCACAUCAGUGCCACAUAUCACUGCCAUUCAGUGUCACCCAUCAGUGCCAGUCAGUGCCAUCUAUCAAUGCCAAUCAGUGCCACCUAUCAGUGCUGCCAAUCAGUGCCACCUAUCAGUGCCAGUCAGUGCCGCCUAUCAGUGUGCAUCAGUGCCACCUAUCAGUGCCUGUCAGUGCCAGUCAGUGCCGCCUAACAGUGCCAGUCAGUGCCGCCUAUCAGUGCCAGUUAGUGCCGCCUAUUAGUGCCAGUCAG